GUGCCUUAAUCCCCCAGGUGUUGUUGGAUCCCUGUCAUGGCGACUCGUAUUCGAUAUGAUAACAACAAUUGCGAAAUUGGUGUAUUUUCCAAACUCACUAAUGCUUAUUGCCUCGUUUCUGGAACAUCUACCUCCGCAAACUUCUUCACUGGUUUUGAGUCGAAGUUAAAAGGUGUUAUACCCAUUGUUACUACUACCAUAGGAGGAUCUGGGACUAUUGGUAGUCUAUGUGUUGGAAACAAAAACGGUCUUCUUCUGCCUCACACCAUUACCGACCAAGAGCUUCAACAUUUGAGAGAUAGUUUGCCUGAUCGAGUUGUAGUCCAAAGAAUUGAGGAACCUUUAUGUGCACUUGGAAACGCCAUAGCUUGCAAUGACUAUUUCGCGCUUGCACAUCCAAAGCUCGAAAAAGAUACCGAAGAGAUUAUAAGCGAUGUUCUUGGUGUUGAAGUUUUCAGGCAAACCAUUUCGAAUAAUGAACUUGUGGGAAGUUACUGUGUUUUAUCCAAUAAUGGUGGAAUGGUUCAUCCAAAUACCAAAGUAGAAGAGAUGGUCGAACUAGCAAAUCUUCUUCAGGUCCCUUUGGUUGCAGGAACCGUGAACCAUGGCAGUCAAGUGAUAUCCGCGGGUUUGACUGUGAACGACUGGACCGCUUUCUGUGGCUCAGACACAACUGCAAUAGAGCUAUCUGUUGUCAACAGCAUCUUCAAACCAAUCCAAUCUCAACCCAAGCUCCUUGUUAGUGAAAUGAGAAAGUCUUUGAUCGAUACCUAUGUCUAAAGCUUUGCUAUUCUUGUUUCUUGAGUUUCAUUAAAAUGUGUUUCAAGAAUUAGCUGCUCUUUAGAACUCAAGUGUUAAGUAGUCAUUUUCUUGGUGUUACUUUG